UAAAGCCGACCGUAAACAGAAAGCGGAAACAAUAGAGAACCACAUACACACACCCUUGUCUUGGCGAUCUACUCAGGGAAAUAAAAUACCUUUACCUUUUAAGCAAUACUAUUAAAUAGACAUCUAAAAGAAAUACGAAGUCGACGAGUACUUGGGGGCAUUUGACUAAGUCGGUCACCAUGGCACUGAAAAGAAUACAGAAGGAGCUUCAUGACCUGCAGAGGGAUCCGCCAGCACAGUGCUCUGCUGGACCCGUGGGAGAGGACUUGUUCCAUUGGCAAGCAACAAUAAUGGGGCCAGGUGAUAGUCCAUACCAAAGUGGGGUCUUCUUUCUCACAAUCCACUUCCCCACCGACUAUCCCUUCAAGCCACCAAAGGUAGCAUUCACAACAAAGAUCUAUCAUCCAAACAUCAACAGUAACGGGAGUAUUUGCUUGGACAUCUUGCGAUCCCAGUGGUCUCCAGCAUUAACUGUAUCAAAAGUGCUGUUGUCCAUAUGUUCGUUGCUUUGUGACCCGAACCCGGAUGACCCCUUAGUUCCAGACAUAGCACAGAUCUACAAACUAGACAAAGAGAAAUACAACAGACUAGCAAGAGAUUGGACUCAGAAGUAUGCAAUGUAAAGGCCCUCCUGAAGAUUUUUUUUUUAAAGUCACAAAACACUGUACAUUCUGGUAAUAGAAAGUAAACUUAGGUGAUAUGGAACACAUUGUACUGUCAACAUUUAUCAUGUGAACCCAUGAACUAUAGAUGAUUUUGUGUUUACAGGGGGUAUACACUGCACAUAUGUACAUUAAGGGUGAUAGAUAUGGGGGACAACAACUGUACAUUGUUGUUAUCCCUACUUCCUGGUUUUGGGAACUUUUGUUUCUCGUCUCAUGAAUGGAAGAGGAAGUCAUUAGAAUACUGUAGCCCACGGUUACAUUCAGAAUACUGUAGCCUGCUGUUAGUCAUCAGAAUACUGUAGCCUGCUGUUAGUCAUCAGAAUACUGUGGCCUGCUGUUAGUCAUCAGAAUACUGUGGCCUGCUGUUAGUCAUCAGAAUACUGUAGCCUGCUGUUAGUCAUCAGAAUACUGUGGCCUGCUGUUCCAGUCAUCAGAAUACUGUAGCCUGCUGUUAGUCAUCAGAAUACUGUAGCCUGCUGUUAGUCAUCAGAAUACUGUGGCCUGCUGUUAGUCAUCAGAAUACUGUGGCCUGCUGUUAGUCAUCAGAAUACUGUGGCCUGCUGUUAGUCAUCAGAAUACUGUGGCCUGCUGUUAGUCAUCAGAAUACUGUGGCCUGCUGUUAGUCAUCAGAAUACUGUGGCCUACUGCUACAGUACAACAACUCAUGGCUCUGCUGACUGUCACCCAUAAAGAGGGAAAUUGAGGAAUCAAACCAAUUUUACAGUUUUUUUUUUAUUGUAUCAAACUAUUCUGGACCUACUUUAGUUGUUUUAGCAUUAAGUCAGAACUUGUAUCAUUAAAACAUUGAAAUACAUUCUCUGCCAUUAACAGUGAUUUAGGGGCUUCAGUUAUGGCUAUGGCUUAUGCUGUUUAGCACUUUUGUAUAAUUAAAGAAUGGUACUUUA